AUGAUCGGCUUGUAUCAGAUUAACGAGCUUCAUCAUGCCCUCCCUCUCUCUUUCUCCAAAUUUCUCCCCGCCUUCCUAUCACAAGCGCUUCAGACGCUGGAGCAUUACGCGCAAGCAGUUGUCACAAACCCAUCUCACAGCUUUCAAGUGCAUCAGGAAGAGAUCGUCAUCAGAUCAAUCCUCUUCAUCAUCAACGUUCUUUCUUGCCCUCAGUACCGCCCAGGCGGGAAGAACAAGAAUUCAGGUCAGGAGACAUCGUCGUCCUCCAAGCCACUUCCAACAUGUACAGAGAUAGAAGAAGAAGAUGACGAUGAUGAUGAUGAUGAUGAUGAUGAGGCGGAGGAAGACGAGGACGAGGACGAGGACGAGGAGAUGGAGAUGGAGAUGAAGAGGAUGAGGGAGAUGGCGAUGGGCGAUGGCGAUGGAAAUGGUGGUCAGUGA